GUAUUGAAUCACACAAUUUAUAGUUGAUUUAAAAGAAUUUUUUUUUUAAACAAUGGUUGAUUCGCAAAAAGAAUUUUUGCAAGAAGAAGAAAAAUCACAAAAUAAAACUGUUCUUAGACAAAGUCUUGGUGGAGGACCUCAUGGAUUAGGUGAUCCUAAUGAUAGAUUUUUAAGAAAAAUAGAAAAAGAUGUGCUCAUUGAAGAAAAAAUUAGAUAUAAAUCAAGAAAAGAAAAAUGUACAGAUUCAGUACAAGAAUUUGGCAUAUGUAGCAAGGAAAAUGGAUUAUUAAUGCCAUUUAAAUGUAGAGAAGAAAAUAAUAAAAUGCAAGAAUGUCUUAAAUAUUGGUUUCGUAAUAAAGAAUUUCGAGAUUUGUGUACUGAAGAAUAUUUAAAUGACAGAAGUGAAUUCAGAAGAACUGGAAUACCCCCUAAAAAAUUGGAUCGAAAAACAAAAACUUGGAUAGAGACAUCGAAAGUAACUCAGUAAAUUUAAAAAAAGAAGCAAAAUAUAGAGAUAAAUUGUAUCAUAAAAAUAUAUUAUAUUUAAAUUUAGUUUUUUGUUAACAAUAAAUUGAAAUUUCCGAAA